AUGGCAAACCAUCAUCCCUCCCCACCAAUGCAGAUGCAAAUGCAUCAUGGUCCGUUGGGACCCUCACGGCCUCCCGUCCCGCUGCAGUCAUUUUCAUCUUCGCGCCAGACGCUUCUCCAGCAGACCGAGGCGGUUUGGAUUCAACUAGGUGGCCUUGCCGAGCAGAUGGGCAAUCUAGACGACGCGAUGGCUUCUUAUGAGCGCGCCCUUCGAACCAAUCCCAACUCGAUCGCCGCCAUGAACGCGAUGAGCUCGGUCCUGAGGACACGUGAAGAUUUUCCCAAGGCCGCCGAAUAUCUGAACGCCAUUUUGAAGCUGGAUGAGGGGAAUGGCGACGCUUGGGGCUCUCUUGGACAUUGCUACCUGAUGAUGGACGACCUGCAACAAGCGUACAGUGCCUAUCAAAGGGCGAUCGGCCAACUGCGGAACCCAAAGGACCCCCGCCUUUGGUAUGGCAUCGGAAUUCUCUAUGAUCGUUAUGGGUCAUUGGACCAUGCCGAGGAUGCGUUCGUCAACGUCAUGAACAUGCAGCCAGACUUCGACAAGGCACACGAAAUAUACUUCAGGCUCGGCAUCAUUUACAAGCAGCAGCAGAAGUACAACAACUCGCUUGAGUGUUUCAAGUACAUCGUCAGCUCGCCCCCAACGCCGCUCACCGAAGAGGACAUUUGGUUCCAGAUUGGCCACGUCCAUGAGCAGCAGAAGGAUUUCGAGAGCGCCAAGGUGGCCUACCACAGGGUCCUUGAUCGUGACCCCAAUCACGCCAAAGUUCUUCAACAGCUUGGCUGGCUUCACCAUACCCAGAGCCAGCACUUUGAUAGCCAAGAAAGGGCUAUCGAGUACCUGGAGAAGUCCGUUGCAGCUGACAACUCCGACGCCCAGAGUUGGUACCUCCUCGGCCGGUGCUACAUGCAGAUGCAAAAGUACCCCAAGGCGUACGAGGCCUAUCAACAAGCCGUGUAUCGUGAUGGGCGGAACCCCACGUUCUGGUGUUCGAUUGGUGUGUUGUACUACCAGAUCAACCAGUACCGCGAUGCGCUUGACGCGUACUCGCGUGCGAUCCGCCUCAACCCGAACAUCUCGGAAGUUUGGUAUGAUUUGGGCACCUUGUAUGAGUCGUGCAAUAAUCAGAUCGCGGAUGCCCUUGACGCGUACCAGCGUGCUGCCGAUUUGGAUCCAUUGAACCCUCACAUCAAGACCCGACUACAGCUGCUCCGUAACGGCCAAGCUAGUGGCGCUGCGCCUGGGCAGGCACCGAUGCCCACUGAUGUUCAUCCUCAAGCGUAUCAAGCUGUGGGUGCCGUUGGACCUCCGGGGCCGCAGUGGGCUGGCUCCGGCUCGGCCGCGCCGCAACAACCUCAGUCGAUGGCAAACGGCGAGGCUCCCGGUGGUGGACCGAACUCUUGGUCGGGCAGGAUCUCGGACAUCAACCCGCCUCCGCAGCCUCGGAAUCCGUACGCCGCUGAGCGUGAGCCGUUUCGUGGCCAACCCGGCCAGCGACCUCCUAGCCCUCAGCCUGAGCACCAGAUGAGGCCGUACCAGGACGCCAACAGGGUGCCUGAGCAACACAGGCGUGGUCCAUCGCCUCCUCCCCCUCCGAACCACUAUACCGCCCCGGCUCCGCCCCCGCCUCCUCAGCAGCCUCAGCAAGCCCCUCCCCAGGGCUCGCAACCGGCUAGGGUUAGGAACCCUAACUACGGUGGCCAUACCCCCGUUGCCGUGCUGCAGCCCACUUCAGGACCUGGGCCGAGCAGCGGUGGCGCCAACCCAUUGAUGCCGUAUCGGACGGGUAGUCCCCGGAACGAUGGACGGCCGCUCAUGCAUGAGAAUCGGAUGCCGUCUCCCAAGUCGGCCUACCCGCAGCACCAACCCCCGUAUGCGCCUCACCCCGAACAGGCCGGUCCCCACGGGCCCGAGCCUGGUGUGCCUCACCCUCCGCAGCCCGGCAUGCACCCUGAAGCGGUUCAUCAUCGCGAGCACGACCCCCGCCCCCCUUCGGUCGGUCCCAAGAGGUUGGGCGACUGGGAGGAUGAGCGGGAGGCGAAGAAGCCCUCAACCGAGGAGACUCGUGCACGUAUGGAGGAUAUCCGCCAUCGCCGCCCAUCCGCCUCGCCCCGCCUCGAGCCAUACCGCCGCAACUCUUCGGAGGCUCGCCGCUUCGAUGACAUGGAUAGGCGAAUGGACCAAACACGCCGUAUCGAUGAGCUGCACCGUGCUGUGGAGAUGCGCCGGGCUGAGGAACAACGGCAAGCUAAUGAUGGCUACCAUCCGUCGGAGGCUGCUCACCAUCCCCAGUCGCACGCGCCCGCAGCUCACCUUCCACCCAUGCAGCAGGGCCCAUCCGCUAUGCAGGGGCUCAUGCAUGAAGCGCCUGUCUCCCAGCCCGGCUCCGCCAAGAAGGAACCUUCUUCGGCCAUUGAAGAGAGGCGGUUGGAGCAGCAGCAUCCUCCUGCCCCGCACCCUCCUGCUACCAACAAUGAGCCUGAGAGGGCUGCCCGGACUAUGGAUGUAGAUGAGAACUACGACGACAGCGGCGAGGAAGACAAGAAGGCAGGAAUCGUCUCGGGCUCUGCUCCGACCUCCGCGACCGCUACGGUUCCUCCGGAUACCAAAAACGGCACGCCUACGACUGCGACUAUUAGCGGCAACUAG